GUUUCUCCCCCCUUCAACCACCUAUCGCGAUGUCUACCGCUCUCGUCACCGGAGGCACAGGCUUCAUCGGCAUCUAUGUCAUCAAGCUGCUUCUCGAGCGUGGCGAUCGCGUCCAUACCACUGUACGCGAUCUCAAGGACCAGAAGAAAUGUCAACCACUCUUGUCUCUGCAGAACGCUUAUCCCGGAAAACUGCAUCUCUUCCAAGCAGACUUGCUCAAGGAGGGGUCUUUCGCUCAAGCCAUGCAAGGUUGCGACAUCGUCCACCACGUUGCCUCACCCUUCCUCGUCCCUCAGCAAAUCAAAGAUGGCAUGAAAGAUAUUGUCGAACCUGCUAUCAAGGGCACGCAAAAUGUCCUCAACACUGCAAAUCAGACCGAGAGCGUCAAGCGCAUUGUGCUCACCUCAUCAAUUGCAGCAAUGUACGGCGACAGCGCAGAUAUCCUCCACUACGACAACGCCACCCUCACAGAAUCCCACUGGAACACCACCAGCACCGCAACCUCCUCCGCCUACAGUUACUCCAAAGUCGCCGCCGAGCGUGAAGCCUGGAAGAUUUGCCACGCUCAGUCCCGCUGGGAUCUCAUCGCCAUAAACCCCGGUCUGGUCAUCGGUCCCUCGCUUACUCCCGAAUCGGCGUCCGGCUCACUCCAUAUGCUUGAAGCCAUGUAUAAAGGCGACAACAAAAUGGGAGCGCCGGAGUUGCAUUAUCCUAUUGCUGAUGUGAGGGAGGUUGCUGAAGCUCAUGUGAGAGCUGGUGUUGAUGCUGCUGCAAAAGGAAGGUACAUCGUUGCCAGCGAGAGGAGUGUAAGUCAGUUGGAAAUGGCAAAUUUGGUGCGUCCGUACCAUAAAAAGCCUGAUGUUCUGCCGAAGAAGAAUUUGCCAAAGGUUAUGAUUUAUUUGGCUGGCCCUUUUAUGGGAGUUUCCAUGAAGUGGGUUUCUAGGAAUAUUGGGAUUGGAUAUAAAGUUGAUAAUAGGAGAAGUGUGGAGGAGCUUGGGAUUGUGUAUAGAAGUAAGGCGGAGACUAUGAGGGAUCAUUAUAAUGCUUGGGUUGAGGCGGGUGGGAAGUAG